AUGGCUGAGCUGGCAUUGCAGCGUGACCAGCAGAACCAACUGAUGGCUCAGCUGGAAGUCCAGCGUCGUACCACUGAGAACCACGACCAAGGGCUACGAGCGGCUGCUGCAUCAUCGAUUCUACAAGCGGAAGCGCUGGAAGACAUGCGGCGACGUACAAGCGCCAGAUGGCACGCGUUUACGGCGACACCAGCCCCUCAAACUGUCCAAGCCCCGGCGACUGUUGGUGUGCAUUUGGUGUACGGAUUUCAAGAGGUGCCCAAAGCCCCGACGUUUAAUGGAAGCACGAAGGUGCAGAAGCGUCGGUUCAUGGACCAGUAUGAAGCGUACAUACAUGCCUAUCAGCGGCUGUAUCGACCCGCUGGCGGGGGAACGCAUAGCGUUUUGGGAAAUGGCAAGCCGAGCCAUGAGCUAAACGAUGAAGACUGGCGUGAUUAUUUCCUGAGUGCCCGAAACGGUGACCCAGUAGACAUGACUAAGCUCAACCAAGCAAUGGGGAAGCUUAAGAUGGACAGGUCAAUCAUCUCAGCCGAAUCGCGAGUCUCCAAGCGGGUGAACGACUUUGAAGCUCCACUUGUCCGUCUAUACAUGGAAGGAUUCGCCGAGACCGAACCCAAGCUGACUGUGGAUUUCCUGAUGGCGGCCAUCACGCCACUUGCUGUGCAGAAGCGUGUGCGCGAACUAAUGAAGCUUCACGAGAACCGUGCGUACAAGAAUGAUGCACGAUCUUUCAAGAAUUGGCUUGCCGAAUACAUGCGGCGUUACGACGAAUUCGAACCUCGGGUUCAAGCUGCCUCUCUUCCCCCCAAGCCGGUGCCGGAAAAGGUGAAGGAACUACUGAAGAAGCUCAAAGGAAACCGGGGCCAUCCGAAGAAAGGGAACAAAGCUAUCGCCGUGUUUCAAGUGUCUGAGCACCGACCACAAUGUGUUCAAGUGUCGCAAUGUGGCAAGUGGUGA